ACUAUACUUUAAAAGUUCCCAUUCUCUUAAUUAUUGUUUCAUAGUGAUCAAAAUUUUGCAAUCCUUGCAAGGAUGUUUUUAAAAGAGAAGCAUUCAAUUGACAAUUUAAAAUUAAAUAAAACUGGCUGAGUGAGUGUCAAGACAAUAGUUUGAAUACUUUAUACUUUACUUGCAAAGUUUGUCCAACUCCCAAGUGCCUGUAAGGCUCGGAGGCUCCCUACUUCAUAUUUGGCAAAUCAAAUCCAAAUUAUUUCUAGGCAUGGAUACAUCUCACGUGGGUGAGGGCAGCAUAGCCCUGGUUGUCUCAGCUCUCCUCUCUACUGCUGGAGGCUUUGCUGUGCAUAAAGCUAUAUCAGCAUCAGGAGGAACUUUCAUCCAGGCUGGACUCUCAGGCUAUGACCUUUGCAAGAAAAAUACAAAAACUCUCAUCCCAGAGUCUAUGGGAAUGAUAAGUGGCACUGUCUUCUUGAUGGUCAUGUUUCUGUUCACUGGAAUUCAGUUCAGCAGACAUGUUCUCGCCAGUGAGAAGAACUUUCCUCACAUGGUUUUUGAGCAGCUACUGACUGCACUGCUGUGCAUCUGCUGCAUGCUCCUCUUAGGCUUUGCUGAUGACGUGCUCAACUUGAAAUGGAGGUAUAAACUGGUGCUGCCAACCUUGGCAUCGUUGCCACUGCUGAUGACUCACUACGUCAAGUUUGGCUCCACGACCGUCGUUGUGCCUCUGCUGCUACGGCCUUUACUGGGUCCCAGCCUCAACAUCGGUGUCCUGUACUACCUGUACAUGUCGCUGCUGGCCGUGUUCUCGACGAAUGCCAUCAACAUCUACGCAGGCGUCAACGGUCUGGAAGUGGGGCAGAGCGUCGUUAUGGCGACAAGCAUUGCAGUGUUCAACUUAGUGGAACUUAAGGGCUUCCACAGCAGUGCUCAUCACCUCUCGCUCUGCCUUCUGAUGCCUUUUAUCGCCACUUCCUUUGCGCUCUUCCUUCAUAACAAGUACCCCGCCCGAGCGUUCGUUGGCGACACGUUCACGUAUUUCGCAGGAAUGACGUUCGCGGUGGUGGGGAUCCUGGGCCACUUCAGCAAGACUGUGAUGCUCUUCUUCAUCCCGCAGCUCGUUAACUUCGCCUACAGUUUGCCUCAACUCUUCAGGGUCAUUCCAUGUCCCAGGCAUCGCUUGCCGCAAUACAACGCUGAGCUCGACAAGCUGGAGUACAGCAGGACAACUGUGCGAGUGAAGUCGCUUAAUCCCCUCGUGUACAGAACAAUAUGCCUACUGUCUGCCCUGCGACUGAUGGCGGCCGAAGUUACAGAGAAAGACGCCAAGCACGACGGUGAGACCACCAUCACCGUCAACAACCUGACCCUGAUCAACCUAGUGCUGGUGUGGAGCGGCCCGAUGCACGAGCGAACUCUAGUCUGGACGUUACUAGCUCUGCAGGCCUGUGGCUCAGCACUUGCUUUUGUCAUAAGAUAUCCACUGGCCAGUUUAUUCUAUGAUUAAUUCCCGAUCUAUAAUCGCUAAGUUGUAAUGUAUCUUUCAGUUGUGAAGCCGUAGCAUCAAGAAGUGUCGUUACAGAUUUGCUUUCCAACAACUUGCUUUCAUUUGUUCUUAGUGGUGUGCAGUUUUUCAAAGUAAAUUAUUUGCCGUUACAAACGUUUCAAGUAUAUGUAGAUUUAUUUGAUUUUUGUUUGACUGAGUGCAAUAGAACAAAGUACUUGCCAUUGUAUAGUAGGUCAAAUUGCGUUUUAAAAGCAUUUAUUCUGCUUGCUUAUUGCAGAACUGGUGAUUGGAUAUUAGAAGUACGUAGUGGACUUCUAGCGAUUGCGGAAGUGAUCUAUUUCACGCCGGUGGUGUAGCUUGCAGUUGUUUGGUGCCGUAGUCCUCAGGUGCUGACAGACUUGUGAUCUGGUCCGCUCGAGCGAUGGUGGCGAGUUGCUGACAAUUUCUACAUUUCUGGUGGGGAUGUUGUGUUAGUAGUCGCGACUUUGAACUUGAUUUUGGUUGAAAAAAAAAAUCAAUGGCUACUUGCGACGUCGGCGUCCCGUUGAGGUUAACAGGUACCACUCGUAUGUGUGGCAUCUAUAGUCUUCACAUAGAAGUCUAGUCUUUAGUCUAUUCAGUCUACUGAGUAAAUUUGCUUGAUCACUGGCCAAAACGCUGCGCCAUGUUGGGGAUUGUAGUAGUUAUUCGAGGCGGGCUAAUAAUUAGAGCACACGUUGUGCUCCACGUAGUUAGAGAUGCGGUUCACCGCACCGAGCUUAUAACCUGAUGACAGGUGAUGUUCUGAAGACUCCGGUUCAUAUCCUUAUAGCUGUGUUAUGGAUUGGAACCGAUAGGGAUGAGGUUACUCCUAUGACUUAAUGGUAUAGUAUACAUCUGUAGUUUAAACUUGGAUCUUAUUCUAGCUCAGUAAAAGCGGAGCAGGGUUAAUCGGUCAGCUCCCCUCAACCUGGCCACGUAUCUCAACUGGCUCAUUCUCUUUUGGUAUCUACUUUUCACAGUUGCAUGUGAGGUUUCCAUGUGAGUUUACAGUGAAACGUCAUUUCGAAGAAUUUAACUUCUAGAGUUAGGGCAAUUGGUCUUAGUAGUGACAGAUGGGUGGCGGCCGUGUUGGAGAUUCACAAGUCUUUGUUUUCGCUAGGAAACAAGAAUCCGUGCGUUGUUGGCCUCUGAUUGUUUGUGAGAGGCCGUAUUUUCCACAUAUAUACACAUAUUUCCACAUCCACAUAUAGGGGCGAUUGUUCUUUCAAUUUUGAAGCUGAGGUAAUAUCGUUUAUUGCUUACGAGAAGAGCGUGCAGCUUUUCGCGAUAUCUUGUGCGCUCGUUGGUUUUGCCUCUGCAAGGGUGAAAGGAUAUCACACUUUCACUGUAAAAAAAAACGAUGUAGAAAUUCUUUGAUGAAUUUCGCCAUAUUGCUUCUGAUUAAACUGUUGUAGAAGGCUUGCAAGGUUUCAACUGUUCUGGAAGGCUUGUAGGAUUAAGUGUCGCUACGUAGUAUGAAAAGCUUUCGCCUGCCAAUGAAAAACGCAUAUCGUGAGUUUUCCUAUAAACAACGUGGUUCUACA